AACACUUUCUCGCGAGAGCCAUCCCGUGCGCACGCACGCGCGACGUUACUGCCCUCGCUCGUAGCUGGCGGAAGGAAGAGGGAGCGGGUGACGGUGCAAAGAUGAAUACCAGUGCGUUUGGAUCUCAGCUGAAGGACUGUAUUCCAGUUUCUGAUUUUUCAGCUGCUGGAGCAUUUGAAAGCUGUGAUGUGAUAAAUAGAGGCUUUACAAAUGUGAAGAGUGAACUUUUCCCUGUUCAUCCUUUGGAACUAUCAGAGAAAAAUUUUUCAUUGAAUCAAGAUAAGAUGAAUUUUUCUACUCUGAGAAAUAUUCAAGGGCUGCAUGCACCGCUGAAGCUGCAAAUGGAAUUCAAAGCAGUGAAGCAGGCCCAGCGUCUUCCUUUCCUUAAUAGUUCUAACUUGUCCCUGGAUAUCUUGAAAGGCAACUAUGACUGCAUUGGUUUUGAGGAUAUUCUGAACGACCCGGCACAGAGUGAAGUAAUGGGAGAUCCUCAUCUGUUGGUCGAACACAAACUUGGUUUAUUAUAAUGCACACAUACUCCAUUCUUCCGUUCAUGAAAACGUUUCUUACCUGUGUCCCUGUAGGUUCAAGUAAACCAUAUUAAACGAUAGUCGUACAGCGCUUGUUUUGAUACACACAGUCUCUCACCUACCUUGAUAAAAAGGCACAUUAAAUGCUAAAAUAUAUUACUUUUGUUCUGUGUUUACUGUCAGUACAAAUGUCUUGUAAUUGGGUAUUUUUUAAAAAUUGGGAAAUACAUCUCUAUUCAGGGCAAUUACUGUUUCAUGUCUGCAACUGUGGAACUGUAGACAUUUAAAAGUCUAUAAAAAAGGACAUUUUAGAUUGAAUGUUCUUGUAAAUGAACCUUUUGCCAUAUAUAACCCAGGUAUUUGCUGUUUAAUCUUUCUUUCCUUGUGCUUGAUGACUUGAUAUGCCAUCUUUUAAAAACAAUGAAUAAAAUUUUCUAUAAAUGCUG